AUACCGGUCCAUCUCUACAGAAGACAAAACGCGAAACGGAAACGAAGAGAUAAACCGGUCCAAGGAUCCCGGUUUACUCACGCUCUUCUUCUCGAGUCAAAUUCGUCUCAGUUCUUGAUUUUGAUUUUUUUAGAGUUAGUUCAUAUCUAGGUUUGUGCGUAAAUUGGAAAUAGCUUUGGUGAUUGGUGGAUUUAGUAUUCGAUUUAAGUUAAGUGUUGUAGGGUUUUGAUAUUUGGAGAGGGAUGAGUCGUGGGAAUUACAAGAACCCGUGCUUGACCAUGCAUCAGCCAUGGGCUUCACUUCUCGUCCAUGCUAUCAAACGCAUCGAAGGCAGAUCCUGGCCUGCCCCAAUUCGAGGCCGUUUAUGGAUUCAUGCUGCUAGUAAAGUACCUGAUGAAGCUACUAUUAAAGCAAUGGAAGAGUUUUACAAAGAGCUUUAUGCUAUUGAUGGGAUCACUGAUAUUCAAUUCCCCCAACAUUACCCUGUUUCAAGACUAAUUGGAUGUGUUGAGGUUGUUGGCUGUGUCACCUGCGAUGAACUUCAGAACUGGGAUGCUUUACCUGAAGGAGUGAGGCUUGAAGGACAAACCAACUUUUGUUGGCUAUGCGAGAAGCCACAGAAACUGAUUAUUCCAUUUGAGAUGCGCGGGUACCAGGGCGUCUAUAAUUUAGAAAACAAGAUUUAUGCGGCUGCAGCUAGAGGUCUUAUGCCUUCUCAAAACACUUCUGUGGUUAGAUUCCCUCUUCCAGACCCAAAAGACCCGUUUUCCUUAAAACCUGGUUCUGUUCCCUGUACAACACAAGAGAAGAAAGCGCUUGAUUCAGAGCAAGUUAACAGUCUCACAGCUGCAAUCGCCGGGGCAAAAGCAGCGGCUACUCAGUUCUCGAAGAAGGGACAAAGUCUACAAACAAAUAAUAUAAGUGAUUACACGACAAGAAGCAAGGGAAAAGUUAGUGAAGAUGAUGCAGCAGAGUCCCUAGAUAACCCGGGUGGAGCGUCUGGCCGUACUUAUACAACAAGAAGCAAGAGCAAAGUCACACAGAUGGGUGAAGCAAAAUGUAGUGAAAACAACAGCAGCAGAAAAGUGGAAGAUGAUACAAAUUUGACAGAGAAGUACAAUGUGGAAUCUAGUCAAAGAAGUGUAGUCACAAAGCGAGAGGACAGGAAUACAAGUAUUGGUGAAAGAAGGUUUGAUCCUGGAUCUGCCCGGAUUAUGGCCGCUGCAAUCAGGAACUUGAAGCCAUCUUCUUGAUCUACUGUGGCAAAGUUGUACCAUAUUUUUGGUUUCUAAAAUAUAUACUCAGUUCAUAGUUUGGCUUUACCUUUUAACUUACUGUUAGUUUAUACUUUAUUUGUAUACAUUCAAGUUUUGAAUAUGAGAAAAUCUUUAUUGUCCU